AAUAAAAUAGGACCCACCACCUAUACUUUAGCUAUGCUUUAACAAUUGCUCAAUAUCAUGAUGUUGAGUUAGUGGCACCGAAAAGCAGCAUGAGGAUUGAUUUGUUGUAAUAGAGUUACAGGUGUAUAAUGCCGUUAUGCACACUUCUCUGACCAUCUCCCCCAACACACACACACGGUUAGAGGGAAAACAGCAACACACUCAACACCCACCCAACUUCAUCUAUAUCUCUCUCUACUCUCUCACAGUCACAAUUUCAACACAUAGUGGUAAGGGGAGUGAUGGCUAAGAUAGCAUCAUCAUCUAUGGCGAAGUUGAGCAUUCAUGAGUUGAGUGUCCUAAUAAUAAUAACAAGCUUUGCAAGUAGUGUCAUCUCCACCACCACUGAGUCCGUGAAACCCACAAAGAAGUCGACUUUGUUCGUGUUCGGAGACUCGCUAUUCGAUCCAGGAAACAACCAGUACAUCAAUGGAAGCAAACCAGGUGCUUCCAGUUAUUACCCAUAUGGACAAACCUUCUUCAAUCAUCCCACUGGUCGACUCAGCGAUGGUCGUAUUAUCCCUGAUUUCAUCGCACUGUUUGCAAAGCUGCCUAUGUUGACACCAUACCUGCAAUCUGGUGGUUGGAUUUGUGUUCUGCCGACGGUGGAGGUAUCUCUACUUCAGUCUCGGUUUGGUCAUUUUGUGCUAUGUUGGAGCUUUGGUUUAUAACAGAUUGCUGGACUAAGUUGGUGCAUUACGGUUUGCUCGAGGUUAAUGCUCGGCUGUUGCUAAAAUGAGCAAACUCAAGGUGGAGAGAUAAAGUUGGUCAGUUUCGAUGCCAACGUUUCUGUGUUGGUGAAGUUCUGGUGUUGUUGCUAACAACUUUGGGUUCUCCGUGAUUCACCUACUGAUGCAGCCAGUCCGUGGGCUGUAUGUAUGGAAGAAGAUGGUGGUUGUGUACCGCCGGAGUUUUUGUUGACACCGGUGAAAUAGCGUCUUUGGUACAUAACCUGGGGUCUCUCUCACGGGGUGAUUGAGGGGAUGGGCGGACAACAACUGUGUUUUCCCCACUUGGGCCGUGUUGGUGCCUUGGAGAAUGGGUAGGUGCUUUUGGUGGGCUUUGGUUGCUUACAAUAAGUGGGUUGAGGUUUGCUUUUGUUGAAAAACGUAAAGAGUGGGCUGUGGGGCCCAUUUAUUGUUACUUAGUUGGUGCGCCAUAUUUCGACAAAAUGGGCUGCGCCUAGGAUAUCUCUUUAUCUUUAGGGAGACUUACCAGCCGGUUCCAUGGAAACAAAUUAAUACCCACAAAGUCUUACCCUAUUUUAGUUUCUAAUUUUACCCCUGAAGUCACACCACACGCGUGAAUCAAAAAAUAUAUCACGAGGCCUCCCCUAUGCGCGUGAAACACACGCUCCUUCUCAAUUGUUCUGAUUUGGAAACUAUUCUGAGGCGAUUUGGAAACCAUUCUGAGGCGAUUUGCGAUUUGGAAAUCGAAACGAACGAAGAGAUUUUCCCUGUAUCUCAAAUCGUUUACAAAGAAAUCACCUCUGUUUCGAUCAAUAAUCUGAUUCCGAACAGAUCCCCAGCAAAUCCUUCACCGUUUCGAUCUAUAUUCCUUGUUUGGUUCAUCUUCAACAAACAUGCGAAUGAAACGUGAGUCGUAUUCAUCUUCCGUUCGUCUUUUAUAACUAUAAUUAAGUGAUAUUGAACUUCAUAAUAAUCACAUCUUCAUGUUCAUUUCCUAUACAAUAACAGAUUUGCUUAUUUUUCCCAAUUCAGUGAGAAAAUUUUCUAUAAGAAUGAUAGAUUUGCUUAACUUUCUUAAUUGAGUCAUAAAAUUUGUUAUAAUGAUGGAUUUGCUUCCCUUCUUCGUUCAUAACUAUAAUUGAGUUAUAAAAUUCGCUAUACAAUGAUGGAUUUGCUUACUUUUGCUAAUUCAGUGAUAAAAUUUGAUAUACAAUAACAGAUUUGAUUACUUUGCCCAAUUCUGUGAGAAAAAUUGCUAUAAGAAUGGUAGGUUUGCUUAAUUUUCCUAAUUGAGUGAUAAAAUUUGUUAUAAUGAUGGAUUUGUUUCUCUUCUUAUUUCAUAACUAUGGAUUUGCUUCCCUUCUUCUUUCAUAACUAUAAUUGAGUAAUAAAAUUUGACUUAAAGCUAUUUUCAAUGUGUAUCAUACAGUACUAAUUUAUGAGGGAUAUUCAACUUCAUUAUAAUCACAUCUUCAUGUUCAUUUGCUAUACAAUGAUGAAUUUGCUUACUUUUGCUAAGUCAGUGAUAAAAUUUGCUAUACAAUGCCAGAUUUGCUUAAUUUGCCGAAAUCAGUGAGAAAAUUUGCUAUAAGAAUGAUAUAUUUGCUUAAUUUUCCUAAUUGAGUGAUAAAAUUUGUUAUAACGAUGGAUUUGCUUCCCUUCUUCUUUCAUAACUAUAAUUGAGUGAUAAAAUUCGACUUGAAGCUAUUUUGAAUCUGUACCAUACAGUAUUAAUUUAUGAGUGAUAUUCAACAUCAUAACAAUCACACCUUUAUGUUCAUUUUCUAUUCAAUGAUGCAUUUUCUUACUUUUGCUAAUUCAGUGAUAAAAUUUGCUAUACAAUUGUUUUCAUCUUCAUCAUGAUACUUCAUGUUCUUUUGCAAUUUGGAAUCUAAACUUUGCUAUACACUUAUAUAUUUGCUUAAUUUGCAUAAUAGAUUAAUAAAUUCUUCUUAGUUUGCCUAGUUUAGUGAUAAAAUUCUUCUUAAUUUUCAAUGUUCAUACUCAAUGUUUUUGUAUAGAUGUUGCUAGUCAUCAUAAAAGAUUACGUCGUUGAGAAACAAGUUUCUCAAAGAAGAAAAAGAUUGAAAAAGUUGAGUUUGUUAUAGAGCCAACAACACAUGAAAGUGAAAAUCAACUACAAGUUAAACCUGAAUCUAACAUUGACAAUGAGGAGCCCAAACAGGAACAACUGAAACAACUUACAGAGCUCCACAAACCGAGAGGGAAGAAAAAAAUUGAUGGAAGAAAAACUAGGACUGAACAGAUACAUGAUAAUGAAGCAAAAUAUGUCUACCGUUCCAACAUUCAAUCUCUUAUCAAAUUUUUCAAGACAACAAAACUCAGAGAGGAGCAUUUCACAGUAUUGAGAAAGACACCUUUUUCACUUCUGGUUGAUACAUUGAGUGAAAACAAGGUUAAAAGAAGAGAUUCAAUUAAAUAUGAUGAUGUGGUUGCAAAAAUUUUACAAACUUACCAAAUUGAUGGAACCACAUUUGAAAUUGCUGGGAAGAAGCUGAAGUUGAAAAGAAAUGACUUCAAAUUAAUUUUUGGGAUUACAUGUGGACAAAAGAAGAUGUAUCUUGCAUACGGAAGAAAAAAUAAGGUAGCUAUGAUGCAAAAAAGAAAAAUAACCGAGAGCAGAAUGACAAGCGCUUCAAUCCAAAAGUUGAUAAUGAAACUUUUGAGAAGUAACAACAAUGAAGAUGUAGAAGAUGUCGUUAGGUUUGUGUGCCUUUUGGUUUGUUUACUUUUGUUGUAUCUGGGUACUGGGACAACAACUGGUUGGCGGUUCAUGAAAUACCUCGAGAAUAUUGACGAAAUGAAGUCUUAUGAUUGGUGUGGCGCAGCAAAAGAACAUCUUACAAGAUCAAUAGCAACGCAACAUCAACCAAAUUGAUAGAGUGUGCGGAUGUGUGAUCAUCUUAUUGUAUUGGAUAUGUGAGCGUGCAAAGAUCAUCAAACCAAAUGACAAGAACCCAAUCCCAAGAUUUGCAAGAUGGAACAUUACACAUCUGGGACAACAAUUGGCAAAGUCAUCCUUACAUGAUCUGAAACAUAUCGAGGAGAGCAAUUUGAAAGACACAAUUGAAGAAUAGAACAUAUACAAACAAUUGUAACCACAAACAGAUGAUGAGCAUGAAGAUGAAGAAUGUAACUUUGAGGAACAAGAGGAGACUGAAUUAUCUGAAAAGGAAGAAUAACCAAUUAUCACAAAGAUAUUCAGUCUCAGUCCAGGAAGAAAUUCACCGAAUCCCAAGCAUCAAACAGGUGCUCGAGAAAAGAGGAAAUCAACAACAUUGCAAUAAAAAAAGAAUGCAAGAAGGAAAGCCAACUUUCAGCACGAAACUGAAGAAGGUCCAGUUCAUGUGCAAAGAAAUGAGCUUUCUAUUGACAACCUAGAAAAUGAUGAAGAAGAAACAAUGAUCAAACAGAAAGUUGGUCCAGCAACUUCCCCGGGAUUCAAGCAUCAAACACCGACUGAAAAGAGGAAAGCAAAAAGGAAACUUGCCUAUGAAACAAAUAUCUACCAUGUGAAAAUUAAUGAACAUACAUUUCAGAAACUAGAAGAGAAUGUCCUGAUAAUCCAAAGGCUAGAAAUGGAGAAGGCAAGAAUCCAAGCAGAAAAUGAUGAGCUUAAGGACCAACUCAUAAAGCUUAGUAAACAAAUGGAAGAACAAAGCAAGAAAGCAAAGAUACAAAUGGAAGUGAAAGAUAUGGAAAUGGUGCUACUUAAUGAGAGAAUUGCAAUGUUGGUUGAAUCAAAUCUCUACCUGGACAGUGAAGAAGAACAAAUCGCAGUUGAAGUUGAAGCCACCACUCCCAAAACAUCGCCUCUUGUGAGCUCAAUGAUAAAAAGGGUGAAAAAUAGAGAAACAAGAAAAGAGCACAAAGAUCCAGAUUUUUGGUACAUGACGAAAAGACAACCAAAGCAGAACAAGACAGUUGAUGAAGUAGAACCAAUGGUUGAAGAAAGUGCAAAGACCAGAAAAGAAGAGCCGACACAACAUCAACAUCCAACAAAACAAAUUGACACUUCCUAUCCAGUGUUUCACAAAUUGCCAAAGAAAUCAAGGAUGAAACUCACUAGUCUUUGGGCAACAAAAACCAGCAGUUAUCCAAUCUUACAAGGAAAGGAAGUAGGCAGCUAUUUGUACUUGGAUGAUAUUGACAAAAUAGUCAAAUGCGAAGAACUUUCUGGAAAUGCAAUAAAUGAAUACAAGGAAAUCUUAAUGAUAGAAGAGCAACCGAAACCAAAGUUCAGCCUCAGCUCACAAGCAGGAACAACAUAUAUAUUUACUACAUCAUGCCAUUAUUUGUUCACCACAAAGGAUGAGGCAGAAACAAAUCAAUUGUUGAACAACAUGAUGUUAGAAGCUUUCAAGGAAAGAUAUCUUAUUUUCCCAAUUUUCAAUGAAAAGCAUUGGACAUUGUUGGUACUUGAUACUGAAAAUGGCUCAUGGAAGUUUUACAAUUCAAUGAGACCAAGCACAGAAACAGAUAACCACUUAAAUGAGGCAAACAAAGUGAGAAAGGUUAUUGAAAAAUACCUUCAACAUCACAAUCCCAAACUCAUUGAAGGUAACAAGUUUCAUGAAGAAACAGAAAUUGCAAUGAAUUGUCCCCAGCAAGUUGAUCAUUCACUUGAUUGUGGCGUCAUAGUUUGUUACCUUAUGAGAGACUAUAUGUCUGUAACAAAGACAUCUUUCCAAACUUAACAAAGGAGGAGUGCCACCAAAUCAGAGCAGAUAUCAUAGAGGCUUUGUUGACUAACCAACAGACAGACACCCAGCAAAUCGUUGAUGAGGCAAUAGAAGCGGUGCUUGAAGACAAGGAGUUUUGGGACACAAUACACAAUGAUAACAAUGCUUGAAUAAUUUUGGACAAACUUUAUAAUCAUUUUGGUUCUUACUUUGCUUCAAUGAAUAUUACAAUGCUUGGUUGUUACAAUGUCAAAUUUGCUUCAAUGAAACAUUCAGUCUUUUUUAACCAUAU